AAAUUCCAAACAAAAAUAUUUUCCUUACUCACAAAUUCACAAUUGUCAUCCUCACCAUAUAGGUUGCCAACCAAAAUGAAAAAAAAUUCCCUGCAAAAUCCUGUCACUUUCUCAGGAAAAACAUCACAAUUCGCAGCCGAAUGCUGGUUCGACGACGCAUGCAUACUCAACAUGGAUUAUUUCGUUAAAACAUUAGCCGGUAUAAAGGCUAAAGGCGUACGUCCAGAUCUUAUCGGUUCAAUCAUAACACAUUAUGCAUCAAAAUGGCUACCGGAGCUAUCUGCCGGCGAUGGUAGUAGCCCUAGUGAAAGAGAACUAACGAACUUCCAAGAAUCACCGGAAAGCGUAACGGCUUCAUGGAUGAAAAAGAGAUUCUUCGUUGAAACCCUAGUGGGCGUUUUGCCACCGGAGAAAGAUUCAAUCCCGUGUAACUUCUUGUUACGCCUUCUCCGGUCGGCGAACAUGGUCGGAGUUGAGCCUUCUUAUAGAGCUGAGCUGGAGAAGAGAAUUUCAUGGCAACUCGACGAAGCGUCGCUAAAAGAGUUGAUGAUACCGUCUUUUAGUCAUACUUGUGGAACGUUGUUGGACGUUGAGUUGGUGACUCGGUUGGUGAAAAGGUUUGUUAUUAGUUUAGAUGAGUCGACUCAUAAAAGUGGCGGAGGUGGCGGUGGCGGUGGUGCAGCUUUGAUUAAAGUAGCUAAGCUUGUUGACUGUUACUUAGCUGAAGCUGGCGUUGAUGCUAACUUGAGUUUGUCGGAGUUUGAUGAACUUGCUUCUGCUUUGCCUAGCCAUGCUCGUGCUACUGAUGAUGGUUUAUACCGUGCCAUUGAUACUUAUCUCAAAGCACACGCUGGAGCAUCAAAGCAAGAGAGGAAAAUACUAUGCAGAUUAAUAGACAGCCGAAAGCUCUCGCCUGAAGCAUCACUCCACGCUGCUCAAAACGAAAGAUUACCCGUUCGAGCCGUAAUCCAAGUCCUCUUCUCCGAACAAACCAAGCUCAGUCGACACAUCGACUGGAGCGGCUCCUUCAACGGAACCCGAAGCCCACACUCAUCCACCUUCGAUCCUCCAGGUCGGUCCCAUUCGAAACGAGAAAUGUACGCUCAACAGAAAGAAAUAAGCAAGUUACGAGAAGAUGUUGUUAGGCUACAAGGCCAAUGUCAUGCAUUGCAGACACAGAUCGAAAGGAUGACCGCCCCGGCGGAGAAGAAGAAAUUAGGGUUUUUCAGGUGGAAGAAGUUUGGUAUUAUGACUACAUUUAAAAGUAAUGUUAGUGUUGUUGAUCAGAAGAUUUUUGAAGAUGGUGAUCGUGAUGGAGUUGGGUUUGGAAGACAGACUCCGAUUGAUAUGAAGACUCGGUUGAUGAAACGUAGGACUCCUAUCCGUAGAAAAUCCAUGUCUUGAACAUAUUUGAAUAUGAAGAGGAUGAUUAGUACGUAUUAUUUCACUUUAAUUUAGUUUAGUUUUAUUAUCAUUCGUUUAAUUAAUUAAUGCAAGAUUGAUAUGUAGAGUGGAAUAAAUUAUCUUUCUCGAGUCUGAAUAAAAUAAACUAGCUGAGUAAUUAUCCUACA